AUGACCCGCGUUGUGCUGCCACCGCUGCUGCUCACGGGAGAAGCGCCACCGCGCGUGCACGCGCUCGCGGCUGCGCGCUACGGCCCGCUGCUCCCCUUCGUGAUUGACGGCGAUUCUGUGCUCCAACAAACCCUACCAACCAUUUCUUCCCAGGGCCGGUGGCCGCGGGCGCGGCUGCCCCCGCUGAGCGCCGACCGCACGCUGCCCCCGGCGCAGGCCAUCCUCGCCCCUGCCCUCCGUCCAGACCAGCCCUUGAACCAGCGCCCUCUUCUUCCUCCUGUGCACGUUUAUAGUCCAAGUAACGGUUACAGGCCAAGGACUUCUCACGCAGACCAACCAUUUGGACCUCAGGCAGUUCCAUUGUGCGUAAAAAAAAGAUUAUUGUCAUUUUCAAACGCUUACCUUCAUGUUCCCACAAAAUUCAGCACCUCUCUUGCAUUAGCCGACACCGCAGGACAGCCUCAGGGACAGCUGAUUGUCGCCAAUAUGGCCCUUAUUGCUGACUAUCUCAUAUCUUCAAGCAAAAUUUUUCCAUAUAUGACCCUAUUUUGUGAUAUGGGCUCUAAGAAAUUUAUCCAGGCUUACAUUUUCUUCAAGAGUAAUCUCAUCUACGCUUUUGGUUUUCUUUUCUAG